CACACACACACACAUGUACAGGCGCGCGCAGGGUGGGUCCUGUCCUCCUUCGCUCCCUCCCUCCUUCCCUCCCUCCCUCGCGAAGAACCCCGACGUAAAACGCGAGACGUAAUUAAUGACUCGGGCCGUGGGUCGCUUUUUGAGAGGCGGCUCCGUCUCGUGCGCCGUGAGUUGCCGUUGCCGCGCGCUAACGCCGGGCAGGAUGGAGCGCGAGCUUUCAGUCACCUGUCAAAACCACUUUGGAAGGAAUUGGGAUUUGCGCGUGAGAUGCCUUUUUUGACACAAGCGUGCAACUCUGAGCGUAAAUAAACAAACAACAACAACAACAACAGCAACGACACACUGUGAGCAGAGGAGCGAAUAUUUACAGGCAACUUUUAGUUUGGGGAAGUCGCGUAGUGUCGCGCGCACUGCGAUCAGAGGAGCUGCAUUCGGUAUUAGAGGAGAAAUUAGGGGAUUAGUUUUAGCUCGCGCUCGGUGAGGUGAGUGUUAGUCGCGCAGAAGGUGCGUUAUUAUUAUUAUUAUUAUUAUUCAUUUUUAUUAUUUUCCUGCUUGCCGUCUUCUAUUCGUCUGUUUUAACCCGUGCACACCGGAGCGUUCUCCCGUCCUGAACGAUCACCUGAAAGCUACGGGCUCCGGACAAAAGACACGAACAAAAAGUUUGCUCAUAGGAAGAGGAGGAGGAAGAGGAAGAAGAAGAAGAAGAAGAGGACUGCGUGUCUCUCACGGACUGUUUUUAUUCCUCUGUGCUGAGUGUGUGUGAGAUGCCGGGCGAUGUCCCGCCGCAAGCAGGGCAACCCGCAGCACCUGUCCGUGAGCCAGAGGGAGAGCGUGCAGCCCGAGGCCAACCAUGAAAUGGGGGUGGAGCCUCGUUCACCACGGGUGUGUCCUCCCAGUCCAAUGGGCAACGCUGGAGAGAGAGACCUGCUGACCUGCGGUCAAUGUCAGACAAAUUUCCCUCUGGGAGACAUCUUGGCCUUCAUCGAGCACAAGCGGAGGCUGUGCCGAGGGGCCGGUUCCUGCUACGAGAAACCCAGCGAAGGUGGCGCCACGUCAUCGUCACCACGUGCUCUGCGAGUAGAACUCUCCAGGAGACCCCGCCCCGUGGAGAUCGGCAUCCAGGUCACACCAGGCGAGGAUGAGGAGGAAGAAAAGCGUCUAACGCCCGCCAGAGGAAUCUGCCCCAAGCAAGAGAGUGUACCGACAGGGAAAGAUGAGCCCUCUAGCUACAUCUGCACCACAUGCAAGCAGACUUUCACCAGCGCCUGGUUCCUGCUGCAGCAUGCUCAGAACACGCACGGCAUCCGUAUCUACCUGGACAACCACCCUUCCAGCUGCUCCCUUACACCCCGUAUGGCAUUGCCCCCUCCUUUGGGAGCAGAUGCCCUGCCUCGCUCACCUCUUGCCAGUUUCCUGGGAGACAGCAGCAACCCGUUCCACUUGCUCCGCAUGGCAGCACCUCUUCUACGAGAGCCUCAGCCCACUGGAUACAUGGAGACCCGCUUGCCAUCUACACCACCAUUUGUAAGCCCACCUCCACCACCACGUCAUCCGCUUGACCGACUGGGCCCGGAGGAGAUGGGCAUUCUCACCCAGCAUCCCAGUGCCUUUGAGCGGGUGAUGCGCCUGGCCCCAAUGCCCAUGGAACCGCCAUCCAUGGAUUUCUCCCGCCGCCUCCGUGAGCUGGCUGGCAAUAACAACAACAAUGGCGGGCCCACACCUCCUCUCUCACCUAACCGUGUGCCCCCUGUGCAUAGGCUCCUCAGCCCCACACUCUUUCAGCCUGGUGCCAAGCCAGCGCCUUUCCUAGGAACGCCAACACAGCCACUUCCAGCUGCUCCCAGGUCCAGCUCAUCACCAACCUUGAGCCAAGCAGGCAAGGUCAAGUCCUGUGAGUUCUGUGGAAAGACCUUUAAGUUUCAGAGCAAUCUGAUAGUACAUCGGCGCAGUCACACUGGUGAGAGGCCUUACAAGUGCCACCUGUGUGAUCAUGCCUGCUCUCAGGCCAGCAAGCUGAAACGGCAUAUGAAGACCCACUUACAGAAGUCAGGUUCAUUGAGCAGCUCACCAGAUCGGGGCAGGCGUGAUUCAACAGGAGAGGAGCAAAAGACCGGAGAGAGCAGGGAAAUAAUGUACAAUGAUGAUGAAGACGAGGAAGAUGAGGAGGAGGAUGAGGAAGAAGAGGAGAUAGAAGAGCAACAGAAUGGCAGUAGCAGGCCUGCAUCUAAUCUCAGCAUGGACUCUGAGCUCAGCAGAAACCGGGAGAACGAGUCCCAACCUUUGAUGACAGAGAAACCACUCUCCAUUGACAGAGGGAAGGAAAGCCAAUAUAAUGACAUCGACAAUCACCUGAGACUGCCUUUGGGCAACAGGCCUAGGGAAGAGGCAGACACAGAUUCAUCAGCCAGAGAAAUAGAUACAGAGGGUCGACCCAUGGUUAACGGCAGAGGCUGUGGACCUGAGGACUCCAUGGCAGGUUUGUUCCAGCAGAAGCCUGCACCUAUCUCUAGCCUAAACCUCUCUGGCUCCUCAUCCAAGAGGAUCAAAGUAGAGAAGGACAUGGAGAUUCCAUCUCUGCCACUCAUUUCUUCUGAAAAUGUGUACUCUCAGCUGUUGGCUGGCUACGCUGCUUCCCGCCACUACAUCAGGGAGCCCUUUCUGGGCUUUGGUGACUCCCGGCAGUCACCUUUUGCCACAUCCUCUGAGCAUUCGUCCUCAGAGACGGGCAGUCUGCGCUUUUCCACGCCCCCUGGGGAGCUGCUGGAAGGUGGAGUGUUGUCAGGACGAAGUGGCAGCAGCACACCACACCUCCAACUCAGAGGUCCGGGUCCUGGCAGGCCUCCUGGUUCUAAAGAGAGCCGGAGGAGUGACACAUGCGAGUUCUGUGGCAAGGUGUUCAAGAACUGCAGCAACCUGACAGUACACCGGCGCAGCCAUACGGGCGAGAGGCCAUACAAGUGCGACCUGUGCAGCUAUGCCUGUGCACAGAGCAGCAAGCUCACACGCCAUAUGAAGACCCAUGGCCAGUUUGGCAAGGAGGUGUACCGCUGCGACAUCUGCCACAUGCCCUUCAGCGUCUACAGCACCCUGGAAAAACACAUGAAGAAGUGGCAUGGUGAACACUUGAUGAGCAACGAUGUCAAACUUGAGCAGGCAGAUCGAGCCUGAGUUGUGUGAACUAAAGCACAUACUUCAGACAGUAUCAUGAGUUUAGCUGGAUAAUCUUUUGAAUAAAUCUAACUAUAGAGUUUUUGGAAUGAUUUUGGUGUGUUUUUUUGUUUGUUUUUGUUUUGUUUUGUUUUGUGUUUUUUUUGUUUUUUUUUCUAGUGCCACCUGAGAAAUAAGAACGUUAGUAAAUGUCUGUGGAUGGAUUUGAAAAAGCCCUGCUGGCAUUCCCAGCAACCACCAGGAAUUUGUCCAUUAAGAAUCCAUGGAGCCUUUCUACUGUGCAAUAAUUUCUGUAUUUAUUGGAUCAUUUCUUGAUGAUACAUGGCAUGUGCAGGUAUAUUAUGGCAUAUGCAGGGGUUUUAAUGCAUUCCUUUGUUCGAAUAUUAUUUUCAGACACCAUUUUUAAGAUAUGACACAUACUGAGAUUUCGGCAUUCUGCCACCAUUUUGUUUGAGGAAUUUCCUGAAAGGAAAAGAAGUAACUUUAACCUGUCCUGCUAAAUCCUGAAGAAGUUGUACUUCUAAAAAUCAGAGAGAGAUUUUCUUGUGUACUUCUGCUGUUUGCAGUCACACCAGACGUGGGUGAUAAAUUAAAAACAUAAAGCACUGAAUGUCAACUUGACAAUAAAUAUGAAACAAAUUCGAGGGAUAUGGAAUACCAGGGAUGUCUCAGGCAGCUGGAUGACAGUUUGACUGUAUUUUAAUGAUUACCUUUUGACCACCAUCCAGCUGAGUAUGCUCUUGAUAUGACUUUUAUGAUUUCAGCUGUCAAGCUUCAUCAAAACAAAUUCGACCCUACGACAAUAUACUCAUUUAGAGAUUGCAGAUUUAUUGCAUUCUUCACAAGGCUGAUAAUGUAAUAUAGCCCGUAUUUUUCUGAUCCAAAUGUUUACAUUACCACAAAUUGUAAAACAAAAUACACCACCCAGUGUAUAUUUUCUUAAUACACAUGUUAAUGGGUUUGGCCUCGUAGCAGAGUAAACAUGCCGAUUUGCUUAUUUUAUCCUGAUUGAAAUGAAAUGUUUAGCUGAUUAAAAUUGUGAGAUGUUAUGAACAUACUAGGGCCCAUAGUGUUAGAAACAAAAAACAAAAGCCUCAGCCAGGACCAUUCAUUAACAUAGUCUUGCAGUAUUAUAGAUGUAUUAUUUACUAAAUUGUUAUCAAAAUUGUUUUGUUAUGGCAACAUGCAAGUGUCCUAAGUGGCUGCUUAAUCUCCAAAGCUUUGUGGAAUUAAAAAAUUGUGCUCAUUUUAGAUGUUGGAGGGCUCCCUACCUCCUAUUUUUCACACUUCACCAGUUCAGAGGGCUGCUGUGGCUUUAACAAAUGACCAUUCUCCCCUCUAAUCUUAGAAAUCUCAGCCUGCUGCUUUUUUUUUUUUUUAAAUAGACAAAAAAAAAAAAAUUCCAUACUAUUUUCAUUCCAAAUUAAGCUUCAAAUCAGCACUUAAUAUUUUUUUGUUUGUUUGAAGACAUUGAAAGAUCCCAUAAGAAAAAAAGGAUUUGAUCUUUAAGCCUAGCUUACCAUAUGGAACUCGGUAUAUAUCUUUUGGGUAGCAUAAGUAAAAAUAAGGUAACUUGAAUAUUACAGAGACGUUGAAAACCGGAGAAAGUUAAAGUCAAGAUACUCAGAGACAACCCGGCCCAGAUACACAUGCUUGUGUUUUACUGCCGUUCAAUCCAACAAGCACACAAAUGAUUGUGCAGUGUGUACACUUGUAUUCCAACACCAAGAAAUCACAAAGAAGAGCUUAAAUAUUUAUGCAUUUGACGUGCGUAUGCGUACUACCUUUCAGAAUCGAAUUUAACGCACAAGUUUGUCUGAGACGACCAAGCCAUCUAGUUCUUCACUGAUACUUAUAGCUGGAUAUUCACCAGCUUGGAAGAAAAUAAAAAAAAAAUAAUAAUAAUAAAAAAGGAGGAAAAAAUGACACUCUGUCUUUAAAAUAAUGUUUACAGUGUUGAAGUACAAGGAUAACAAAUUCCUGUGUAAAUGUGUUUUAAAAGAGAAUAAUCUCAUGUUUUUUCUACCAUUUUCUGAAUGCCAUAGCAGGGUUGGUUGAUUGUUUGUUUAAUAUUUUAGUUUAUUUUUGGUGCAGGGUCCCCCCGCCUCUCUCCCUCCAUAAAUUUCAAUGGAUAUAUUCGUAUAUGUUUCGUUCACUGUUAAAAUACACAGUGUAUUUGUAUACCAGUGGCAUUUUAUGAAAUGAUGCAAAAAAAAAAAAAUCUUUAUAUUUUGCAGUCCAUUAUAAAAUUGUGAGUCUAUCCAAAUGUUUUUUUUUUAUGUUUUUUUUUUUUUUUUUUUUUUUUGUCUCUAUACCUGUUCAUAAUUUUGGUAAAUCCAUCCUUGUGAGGAUGUAAAAAAAGAAAAUAAAAAGGAAUGAAAAUUCAA